AUGGUCCCACCUCGAUUCCAGCCGGUGCUUCUACCGCGCCGCUUACGUAACUUGCUACGAAGCUUCUCUAUGUUCGAUAUUCACCUGUUAGCUUGGAUCUGGUGCUUAAUAUGUGCAGCUGCAAGUAUAUAUUUUGCAAAUACAAGAAGAAGAAGCCACCCACGCGAUGCAGCUGAAAACAAUACAGAGUUUCGCGGAUUACAGCGACGUUUUCUCUUCCCAUACCUGGUGGUGCUAUUUUCGGAAAGUUUACAGGCACCGUACCUGUACGCGUUCUAUUACGAUUUGCGUUACUUAGCGUCGCAAAUCGCCGUCCUUUACGUGACGGGGCUUAUUUCCAACAUGAUGUUCAGCUUCUACUGUGUCCACCUCUCUGCGAGAUAUGGACGGAAGGCUCUUUGUUUACUAUGUAUUCUUGCUGGUUGUUUGGGUUGUGGCUGCAAAUUCUUUCCAUCAUUUUUGGUUCUGUUUAUUGGACGCAUUCUCGACGGGCUUUUUGCCGCGCUUAUUACCAGCCCAUUCCAGCAGUGGUACGUCGAUGAGCACCAAGUUUCGUUCGACUUUCCGGCAGAGUGGAUUCAGUCCACAUUUUUGGUGCUCUCGCUUUCGGCUGGUUUCCUAUCCGUCAGUGCUGGAGUUACUUCGCAUAUUGUUGUUGGCAUUUCAAAAGUGAUCGCUAUUCCAUAUCUACUGUCCAUCUGCUCUUUAGUCAUUGGUGGAGUUUUCAUCUCUACACAAUGGAGAGAAAAUAAGUCCGUUGAUGCGCCAUUGCCCUUCAGCAAUGUUAUCGGCAGAGCACUUUCGGUGAUUCGCUCCAAUCCAAUUGCAUUGGUUAUAAGCGUAACCUCAUGCUGUGCUGAGAUGGCGAUUCAAAUGUUUGUUUUUGUGUGGGCUCCUCUCUUCAUUCGUGCUGAACAUACUGGGACAAGUCUCUACACACUUGGAGUUAUUUACUCUUCUUUCGUUGCAUCAUAUCUUGCUGGGCUGCUAUUGUAUUCUUCUAUAUCGAAAAAAGUCAGGAAUGCACGCCUUCUUGUGUCGUCGAUGGUCGUUGCUUUCAUUGUGCUCAUCGUUGCAAUUCGUGAACUACCAUUCUUGAACGGUGAUUGGAUUGCGACUCGUUUCGAACGUGUAUUUUUCUGCCUUGUGGUGUUCGAAAUUGCGUGCGGUGUCUACAGUCCAGCAAUGGAAGCUUUGCAAACCACCGUUUUACCGUUUCUUCAUCAGCGUUCUGUUCUGCUUGCGCUUGUUCGUCUGCCAUUAACAUUUUUCGUAUCGUUGUCGAUUUUAACAUUUUUUCCAACUGAAGGAGGAGAAUUCAAGCUGAUGAUAUUCAUUGUUGUCCAACUGUUUAUCGCUGCUCUGCUCUCCUUACUUUUGGAUGCGGUCGUUAUGAAUCGUGGUUACGAACAAGAUCCAGAUCAUUUUUACCUACCAACUACACUGCCCACGGAUUUGAAGCAGACUCCUGACAGCACAAUAGGUCCCCUGUCUACCGUUGUUUACGGUUAA